UCACAUCACAUUUGUCCAGUUAGUCCAACUACGAGGAAGAGGACAUACACGCGAUGGGCUCGUCACCUCACGUCAAAUUCCUCAUGAUGGUGAGCCGACUUGUCGUGGACAACUUCUUGGGGGUCUUGGCGGUGGCCGUCGCUGCCGCCGUGGUCGGGAGGGCGUGGCCCAUUCGCCCCGAAGAGAUCCUAGACCAGAUGCUCGCCUUGCCGCGUGUCUACGUCUUCAUGGCGGCGAUCCUGGCGGCGGCCAUGGAGAAGAUGCGGCGCAUGCGGCGGCUGCGGGAUGUGUACCUCGUGGAGUACGGCUGCUUCCGGCCCAAGCCCUGCUACCGCACGCCGUUCGCCACGUGUCUGGAGCAUGCGCACCUCAUGCCGUACCUCGUCGACGAGGAGAGCGUCGCCUUCGCGAUGCGGCUGCUCGAGCGCUCCGGGCUCGGCGAGGAGACAUGCGUGCCGGACGCGUACCACUACAUGCCCCCGGACCGCAGCCUCAAGGCGUCCCGGGACGAGGCCGAGCUGGUCAUCUUCGCCGCCGUCGACGACGUGUUCGCCAAGACGGCCGUCAUCAAGCCAGCCGACAUCGACGUGCUCAUCGUCAACUGCAGCAUCUUCACGCCGGUUCCGGUGUUUGCUGACAUGGUCGUCAACAAGUACAAGCUCCGCUCCGACGUGAAGAUCAUGAACCUGUCGGGGAUGGGUUGCAGCGCUGGGCUCGUCUCCGUCGGCCUCGCCAGGAAAAUCCUCCAGGUGGCGCCGCCAGGCACGCGCGUGCUGAUAGUGUCCACGGAGAUCCUCUCGUCGCAGUACUACGUGGGCACGGAGCGUGCGAUGCUGCUGCCCAACUGCCUCUUCCGCAUGGGCGCCGCGGCCAUGAUCCUCUCCAACUCCGCGAGUGAGGCGCGGUUUCGUCUCCGGCGCGUGGUGCGCACCGUCACCGCCGCACGGGACGCGGACUACCGCUGCGUGUUCCAGGAGGAGGACGACAAGGGGAACACCGGCAUCCGCCUCUCCAAGGACCUCGCCACCACCGCCGGCUACGCGCUCAAGAACAACAUCGCGGCUUUCGGGCCCCUCGUCCUGCCGGCCACGGAGCAGCUCCUCGUCGCGCUGUCCCUGCUCAAGCGGAGGCUCCUAAGAGGGCGCGCCAAGGUGAGGCUGUAUCGCCCGGACUUCCGCACUGCGUUCGAGCACAUCUGCAUCCACGCGGGCGGGCGUGGAGUGAUCGACGAGGUUCAGGACGGCCUCGGCCUCUCCGACGACGACGUGGAGGCGUCGCGGAUGACGCUGCACAGGUUCGGCAACACGUCCAGCAGCUCGGUCCUGUACGAGCUGGCGUACCUGGAGGCCAAGGGGCGGAUGAAGAAGGACGACAGGGUGUGGAUGAUCUCCUUCGGCGCCGGAUUCGACUGCAACAGUGUCUCGUGGGAGUGCGUCAAGCCGGCCGGCGACGCCGACGGGCCGUGGGCCGAGUGCGUCGCCCGCUACCCCGUGCAGCUGCCCGAAAUCGACAAGGACAUGUGAGGGGGAGCUCUCUGCUGCACUUAAUUUACGUGCAUUGUAUACCUGUCUAGAUUUGGAUCAUGUCGCAUGGGGAAGGGUUUAAGGAAUCCUAGCUUCAUACCUUACUUAGUACCAGUAGGCUAAAAGUACAGGCCAAUGAUGUUGAUUUGAUGUAUUUGUAUUAAUUAUUGAUUGAAUCCCACAAUAUUGAAGUCCGUUCUGUA